GUUAAAAAAUAAAAACCUCACUUUGAACACAACCUUUCCCUAUAUAUAGAUUUUCAGUCUCCUCCUCUCUCAUCAAAUCACACGAUACUCUCUCACUAACGAUUUAAAAAGCUAAAACAAACCUCUCAACACCCUUGUAACAUCUCUCCGUCAAACUAAAAAAAAUGGCAGAAACAGCAACAUCAUCGCCAUUGAAACGCCAAAGAGACGAGCAAGAACAAGAAACCACACCCCACGAAGAUUCAAAACGACGACCAAAGACUUCUUCAUCAUCUACCUCGUACAAUGAAGUUCAAUGUCUCCUAGAUAAUAUAGAAGCACAAAAUGAAGCAGACAGUGAUCUAACUUCCUUAAUCACCACACUUCAGCAAGAAAUCUCAACAGAAGAGCAAAACGUUGCUGUUUUUGAGAAUCCUCCUCUCUCUUCUUCUUGCUCCUCUUCCUCGUCCUCAUGCGCUCCAAAGGAAGAAGAAUGCGAAAGUGACAAGGAGAAAGUGAUGAAACAUCUUUUAGAAGCUUCCGAUGACGAACUCGGGAUACCUAACACUGAAACUGGCGGGAGUAAUUAUGAGAUAGUUAACAGUGAGACUAAUCAGGAUUACAUUAAUGGGUUUAGUUUACUAGAUGGGUUUGGUGAUGGGCUUUGGGAGCUUGAGGAUGAAGUUGCUAACUAUUACACGUUGCUGCAGUCAGAACUGUUCAUGUAAAAGUCCACAAGGGUAAAGUAGGGAAACAGAAAAAGAGAUGAUGGGUAUAAAGGAAAAUUAAAGAAAAUAUAUGAUGAAGAAGAGAAAAAAAAUAAAAGAACAGGAUAUUUUCUUUUAUGGAAUUUAUUUUCAUUAUUGCAUUUUUUUUUCUUUCCAUGUGAAUUUGAGAGGUCCCCUUUGAUUUUUUUAGCUCUUUCUUUAUUUGGUUUAUAAAAAUUUUAGUGGGACUAAUGAUAAUGAUACUUUGUUGUUUUUAUC